AUGAAGCUACCAUCGGAGUUAUGUAGGGAUAAAUAUUUGACAGUUUCCAUCUAAACAUUGUUCAAGUGCAAAUCAUCGUUAAUAUCAGACCAACCAUGAGAAGUUUAUCAUCAUUCUUCAUCUUGUGUUUCGUUUCAUUCAACAAUGGAAUAUUCUGUGACGCAGCUCCUACGCUGUAUGACUUUGGCCCUGGAACAAUUGGUGCACCAAUGGUAUUUCAAGUUUCUACUAACUAUGGCACAUAUGAACCGACAUUUGAAUAUCGAUUCAAAUUUGACCAAUUCCCACAAUAUGAUAAAACCAUUGUCAAAUAUGGUUUUAUGGAGUACAAGGUAACAUUUGAAUCAGCGAAAGCUGGUAACUAUUCAGUAAAAAUUGAUGUAUUGCAUUGUCGUCAAGGGUUUCCAACUUAUUGGAUAGGAACUGUUAAUUCUACCUUCCAGCUUACAGAUUCCCUCACUGGAACUAUAGCUGUAAAUGAUGAUGCGAAUAAAAAAGUUGUUUCCACUGCAGAGGCAUAUAAACUUACUGCCAGAAUGACUUAUUAUUUCGGGUUUUUCGACUCUGCUAAUAUAACUUACAAGUGGAUUAUUAAUGAUGAACCACAAGAAGGAAACGAUAGUGUUAUUCAACAUACUUUUUCCCAGCCUCAACUGAACAACAUUUCGGUGAUUGUUACAGCAACUAAAACCAAUGGAAGUGGUCUUAUACAAAAAUCUGGUACAUUCAACACUACAUUGGAAAGCAGAGCUCCAAUCACUAAUUUGACUGUUGAUGGUCCAACCGAGGUUAAAGUGUUUGAAAGACUUCAACUGGACUGCAAAAUUCAUGGAGCAACACCUCCAUUUCAUUACGAGUACUCUUUUCGGAUGGACAAACCUUACAGUGAACAAAUUACUGCUAUGAAAGAUUCGAAUGAAAGCUUUUUCUCAUUGAUAAGGUAUUUUAGUGGUAAAGGAACAAGAAGUCUAAAAAUUGUUGCUAAAAAUGAUGUAUCUUCGUUUACAAAGAACAUGGACAUUUCAGUCUAUUAAUCUAUAGAACGCGAUUGUAACCACUCGAAAAGCCGACAGAAAUUUUGAAAAGACUUAAAUCACAACUUUCAGGAGGAACCACUACUUCAAAUUGAUCGCGACAUAAUUAUUUUCAUCCCAAUUAUGCGAUUUAUUGGCCUUUUCACGUUUUACCUGGUUUAUGCUUUUAUCCUCUUCAAGAGUUGAUCACCAUAGGGUGAUGGAAGGACAAAAAACUCAAAUUAUGGAUGAAAUAAAGAUCCUCAUCAUAAUGAGCCUAAUGUUAAUCUUAUAAUAGAAGUGUCAUUGUAAACCGACCUUCGUGGUCGUCAACCAGCCAUACCACUAGAGGAACCAACACCAGACAGUCAUUGGCUCCAUCGAUCCCAAAACCAAGCUCAUUUGAUAGAUGAAUACAUUUUAAAGAAACACUUAUUGUAAUUCAAAUUUUUAACUCUUUUAUUAUUAUUGUAUAUAAAAAAUGAUUCAAUUAUGAAUAAUUAGUUUUA